AUGGCACCCUCUCUCCACCCCUCAAUCGACAAUGGCAUUAAGAAGGGUGACGCCAACUUUGCCGGCGGAAAGCUGUAUUGCCACUGCCCCUCCAACAAGGUCGAGGUCACGCUGGGUUCGAAUGUUCUUCACAACCACGCCUGCGGCUGCUCAAAGUGCUGGAAGCCCAAGUCGGCGCUGUUCUCCGUCGUCGGCGUCAUCCCCACCGACAAGCUCAGCGUGACGGCCAACGAGCAGAAACUGCACAUCAUCGACGAGAGCGCGGCGAUUCAGAGGAAUGCAUGCAGGGAGUGCGGCGUGCACCUGUUCGGUCGCAUCGUGGUAGAUCACCCAUUCAAGGGUCUUGACUUUGUUCACACUGAGCUUUCCGACAAAAGUGGGUGGCAAGAGCCUCAAUUUGCGGCUUUCGUAAGCUCGAUUAUUGAGCAGGGCUUUCCUCCGGACCAGAUCGAUGGUGUACGGUCCAAGUUCAAGAGCGUCGGACUGGAGUCGUAUGACGUUCUGAGUCCACCGCUGAUGGAUGCCAUUGCGACGCACACUGCACAGAAAAACAAGGCGAAGUUGUAG